AUUACUUUCUAAUCAUUGAUUCUCUUGUUGGGGUUUGCUUAUUAUGUGUUUUUCUUUGUGUGAAUGUUCAUGGUUGAGCUUUUUUUUGUGUGUUUUGGGUGUUUUGGGUAUUUCUUGAUGACCCCUUUUGUUUAGAAAAUGAUGGGUUAUUUCUAUUUUUGUUGUUUCCCAAUUUAUUAGAUCUUGAUGUGUUUCAAGAUUUACGAAAGCUGCAAACUUUACUUUUAAUAAUUAGUUUUAAAGUCAGGAGAGGUAAUUUUUUUUUUUUUUUUUUGGUUGUUGUAGCAGGAAUUGCAUUUUUUUUAGCUGCCUUAGAUCAAAGUUUUGCUUUUGUUGAAUGUUAUUAUUUGUGGCUUGUUUGUUUUUCCUUUGAUGGAUUUUGUUUUUAAUAAGAUGGAGGCAUAGAUGUGAAUAGCUUUAUGCUGUUGUUGUAUUCUGGUUCCUUGAUUUAAUGAUAAUCCGAGGGGAAUCUUAGUGGCUCAGUUGAUUGGUUGGUUACGUUAACUUUUACCUUGUUGGUGAGAGUUCGAGUCCCCACAUUUUAAUCCCUUCCCUACUCCCAAUUUUUUGAAAAAAAUGAUAAUCCGAGAGUCGUUUGUGCUUAUGGUUGAUAUAGAAGGAAAGUUGAUUAAUGGAGAGUUAAUUUGGCCUUUGAGUUGCUCAUGCUAAGAGUAUAGAGAAUUGAUGGGUGGAUUUGAUGAUCAUGUUGCCAUUAUGGGAGAUUGGAUGCCUCCAAGUCCAAGUCCAAGAACUUUUUUCUCGUCGCUGCUAGGUGAUGAUGUUGGGUCAAGAUCAACUUUUCAGUGUACCAAUGAAACUAAAAGUGGAAACUUAGCUUCUGGGCCUCAAGAAAACGUGGGAACUUUUGAUGGAAAUGAUGAAGCACAAGCUGCAGUCAGUGAACAACAACCGGUGUCUGAUCAGAAAAUGAACCCUCGUGGAGGACUCUUGGAAAGAAUGGCAGCUAGAGCUGGAUUUAAUGCUCCAAAGCUGAACACGGAGAGCCUUAGACCUGCUGAUAUGAGGCAGAAUCAAGGAGUUCAGAAUCAAGGAGUUCGGUCUCCUUAUUUAACUAUUCCUCCUGGUCUUAGUCCAACAACCUUGCUAGAGUCUCCUGUUUUCCUCUCAAAUUCACUGGUGCAACCAUCCCCAACCACUGGAAAAUUUCCAUUUUCCUCGGGCAUCGAGAGUAGAAACUCAACAUUGAUGAUGGAGGAUCCAGAUAAUAGGAAAGAGAAUGCUUUUGAGAGUAUCAAUGCGUCGUCCUUUUCUUUCAAGCCAGUUCCAGAGACUGCUCCAUCGCUUUUUCCUGGCACGAACAGCAGAGUGAACCCGCCCAAUUUUUCUCAGCAAGGAUUUCCAAACAUUGAAGUUUCAGUUCAUUCACAGAACUCGCUUCAAUCUCACCGUAUGGAGGCUACACAAAAUCUGGUUCAGAAUGGAACGCUUAAUCAAGCAUCUGAUUUCCCUAGAUUUUCUGCUGAGAUGGAUGUCAAGGGUAGUAAUGUCACACCAGAGUCAAGGACCUUUCAGACGGUUGGUAGUACUGUGGAGCAUUCUCCACCUCUCGAUGAGCCGCAAGAUGAGGACAUUGAUCAAAGAGGAGGUGGAGAUCCAAAUGUUGUUGGUGCCCCAGCAGAAGAUGGGUAUAACUGGCGAAAAUACGGGCAGAAACAAGUUAAAGGGAGCGAGUAUCCCCGGAGCUACUAUAAGUGCACACAUCCAAACUGUCCAGUGAAGAAGAAAGUUGAGCGAUCUCAAGAGGGUCAUAUUACUGAGAUUAUAUACAAGGGAGCCCACAAUCACCCAAAACCGCCACCUAACCGUAGAUCAGCCCUUGGAUCCACAAAUUCACUUGGUGACCUACGGCUGGACGGUGUAGAACAAGGUGCAAGUGGUGUUAAUGGUGAUCUGGGUCGGGCAAACAUCCAGAAAGCACCUGGUUCUGGAGGAGGUUUUGAUUGGAGGAGCAACAACCUUGACGCAACAUCAUCAGUGAACUUGGGCUCCGAGUACUGCAACAGAUCUGCCCCUUUCCCUGCUCAAAACGACAGUCAGUUGGAAUCAGGGGAUGCAGUAGAUGUGUCGUCGACUUUUUCAAAUGAUGAAGAUGAAGAUGAUCGUGGAACUCAUGGCAGCAUAUCACAAGGUUAUGAUGGUGAAGGAGAUGAGUCCGAGUCUAAAAGAAGGAAGCUCGAGACUUACUCUGCAGAUAUGACUGGUGCCACUAGAGCCAUCAGAGAGCCAAGAGUUGUGGUUCAAACUACAAGCGAAGUGGACAUCCUUGAUGAUGGAUAUCGCUGGCGCAAGUAUGGGCAAAAGGUUGUUAAAGGGAAUCCAAAUCCAAGGAGUUACUACAAGUGCACAAGUGCUGGCUGCAAUGUCAGGAAGCAUGUUGAGAGGGCCUCACAUGACCUGAAGUCAGUGAUUACCACCUAUGAAGGGAAGCACAACCACGAUGUUCCUGCAGCUCGCAACAGUAGUCACGUUAAUUCAGGAGCCUCCAACACUCAUCCAACUGCAGUAACUGCCCCUGCUCAAAACCAUUUACAUAGGCCUGAGCCUGCACAACUUCAGAAUGCCAUGGCGCGGUUCGACAGGCAACCUUCACUUGGCUCCUUUGGUUUGGCAGGGAGGCCCCAGCUUGGACCUACCCCAGGAUUUAGCUACGGAAUGAACCCACAAGGCCUAUCCAGUCUAUCAAUGGCUGGAUUUCACCCUAACCAAAACAAGCCAGGGGAGGUUCCUAUUCAUCCAUAUCUAGGACAGCCGCGACCCAUGCAUGACAUGGGAUUUAUGUUCCCGAAGGAAGAACCAAAGGUGGAACCUAUGUCUGAUCCUGGAUUGAACCUCUCCAAUGGCUCAAACGUUUAUCAGCAAUUCAUGAACAGGUUGCCGCUCGGACCUCAGAUGUAAAUUUACAAUUUUUGCCUUUUCUAAAGAAAAGAAAGUUAGAGAUGCUGAUUUUGGUAUUUAAUGGCCAUACCUCCUAUACAACGGUCCUAUAAUUCGAUUUUUUUGAAGCAAUAUGUUUUUUUGUC